AGGAAAAUGUUUGUAUGUGUGUAUGUGCGUGUGUGUAUGUGCGUUUGCGUGUGUGUGUGUAUGUGCACAGGUGUGUAUUUGUGUGUCUAUAUACACACAUGUGGGAAUUACAGAUGCUCACUCUGACAGGAGACAUGAAAUUUUACAGUUCAAAAACCACUUACAUGCCUUUGAGAAAAAAGUUUUAUUCAGGGUUUUCACUGUGGACAGAAUUAUAUAGUUGCUUACUUAAUUCUGAUAGUUUGUAUUUAAUCCUUGUAUAAAUAGGUGAAAAAGAUUCAGGUUUUCUUUAGUAGUCAAUAGCAUAAAGCGUUGUGGGAAAACAAGUAAUUGUCAAGUGAAACAUUUUUAUCGGUGAAAGACCACUCCAGCCAUUCAGUUGAACCAUCUUAUAAUGGAAAUAUGAUAUUAAUAGUUUGUAAACAUUUUUACAUACUAUACUUACAGCUAUUGUAAGUAUGUCAAACAACCAAUCAAAGUUUAAAUAGCUAUCUCCAUACUAAGAAAAAUUAAUAUAUACAGUAUUAGUACACUACAGUGUAUUCUAUGAAAUAUGAAAUGCACUUAAGUGCAUCCACCAGGAAUAGAAAAGAAAACCUUAAAUGAUAUGUAUAAUGAAAUUUAAUAUUUAUCAUUUAAUAGUUGAUUUACAGGAAGUUGGGGUUUAUAAGGUAUAUACUUUUUAAAAAAACUGACACAUAGUUAACCCCAGCAGCUAUAGAAUCCUUUAAUAUAAGAUGGAAUACUAAGAACAAAAAGUAAUUUAAAUUUAAUUAUUAAAAUAAUUUAAUUUUGUUUUUAUUUGAAAAAUAAGCUAAUGUGUAAGGUUAGAAAAGAAAGUUGGAAUGCAACUUAGAGCAUGUUUAUAAUGUGCACAGAAAAAGCUUGAGAAUGAUAAUUUUGGUUUAAAUGUGCUGGUUAGUUGAUGUUAUGACUACUUUAAAUUUUAAGGAUUGUGACACACUCCUACUAUUGAAAAACCUCAGUGUAACUUUAAUAUAUUUGCUGCUGUGACAUUUCAAAACAUUUUCAGUUUAUCAAAAUGAAUUACAGAUUUCAUUUUGGUGGGCGAUACAUUAUCAUUUUGCUAAUAACCAAAUUUGCAGUUUGUUCAGGGUCUUGAAUAGAUUUACAGAUAUUUAACACUGAAGCUGUUUUGAACUUUCAGUAAUGUAAACUCUCUACUAAUUGGGUAGUUAGAAGCUGGGCAGUGCAUUUUAACUUUUACUAGACUCAUAAGAGAGACCAGUAAUUUUUAUAUAGCAGUUUUAAAAUGUGGUUCAGAGUAUCCAUGUUGGAUUUAUGGGGUAUGCAGUUUUAGUGGUAAUAUGUUAUAAAGCAUGUGCCUCCAUAUAAAGAAUGGGGAUUUGCUUCGUAUAUUCAGAAUUCUCCGAGUGCCCCUUUUCUCUGUUAAAAUUCAGGUUCUGAUCAUUUUUCUAAGCCAAUUUUCAUGAGUCCGAAAGGAAUACUUAAAGCUGAAUUUAAAAAAUAAGUGCACCUUGUCAAAUACUUGUGUUUUUACACUUGUGUUUGUGUGUAUCUAAUAAUCACAUAUACAUUUAAUACUAAAGAGAUUUUCAGCUAUUACAUUUAAAAACUGCUUACAUAUGUUUAAAAAAACUGAAGAGUGGGAAGCUACACAACCAGGUAGUUAUUUGGUCUCUUAGAUCUAUACUGAACCCUCUUCAGCUUCACGUUACCUGCAUACUAGGUAUGAAUCCUCUUGCUCUUUUUUUUUUUCCCCAGUAAGUAUACAUAAUAGAUUGCAAAACAGCAGAUGUCAGGGUCAUCUUUCUUUUUAAAGAAUUAAGCCAUAUUUUGUGAGGGCCAGAACUUGGAUUAUUUAAUAUAUUUCCCCUCCUCCCCCAUUGAAAAACAAAUUUAAAAAUAAAAUGUUUCAACACAAUUUUAUUGACCUCUUUAUACAGAAUUUUACUUGCAAAAAUUUGGGGGCCUGAAUGCAUUACAUAAUAUUUAUAUUGAGCUUUUUUAUUCCUCACACUAUAUUUACAUUAAUAAAUUGAUUGAGAAGUUUAUAGUAAAGGGAUACUUACAGAACACUUUUAUAUCAUUUAAAAGAUGACCUGACCAAAAACUUUACAGGAUUCAUAAAAUCAGGGAUCAUUUUGCUAUUGACUUCACAGUGAUCAGUAGUUUUAUAGGUAAUAUUAUAGUUAAUUUGCAGCAUUUAGUAUUUGUAUUAUUUAUUUUUGGUCAGAAAUAGUAAAUUAAAUAUUUUUUGAUAGUUUAUAGGUAAUGAUCAACCCGUAACUUUUAAAAGAAACAAAAUGUUUCUAAUUAUUGAGUUAACUUUUGAUUAUACAAACUAGGAAAGGCAGGGAAAUUUAUGGGUUCCCCUUCUCCCCAGUGAUUCUAUUAAGAUGUUCUUUAUGUUAAACUUUCAAAGUACUUUAUAAAUUUAGUUACCAGUUACUACUUAUUAAUUGACAGUUUUCUGAAAAAUCCAGUUUCAGCAGACUUUUAAUGAAGGUGAAAGCAACCCUUAUAUGCUUUCUACGUAUUUGAAUGUUCCUCAAGUAUUUUAUAUUUAAAAAAAAAAAAAAAGAAGGAAAAGAAAAAACAGUGCCUCUGUUUUUAGAAAACUACUGCUCAGUAAAGUUGUUUAAACCAUUUCUGGUAGCUAAUGACAAUUUUAUAUUAAAUUGUAUACUAACUUUAGUGAGACUGAUUUUUUUAGUUGUUUACAGUACAAAUACUUGUAUUUGUUUUUUAAUUGCAGUAUUUCCAUUGUCGCAGUAAUUUAGUAAAACUCUGUGGCUGCCUUGAUUUUGACAGAUUUUGUUAAUAUAAACUGAUUGUUAGGCAAUUAGUUAUAUUUAUGCAUAAAUCAAUUGCACUAUAAUUCAUGAAUUAUUUAUUACAAUAUUUUCUAAUGAAUUCAUGUAUCUGUCUUGUGUUGUAAAUGUAUUGUAAUUCUGUUCCUACUUUGUGUUGUUAUAUAUCUAAAUCUGAUUGUAUGAAUUUUAAUUGUUCAGUUAACGUGUUUCUAGGUUGUAAUUUGUAGUAAAGCACUUCAAUGCUUUUGCACUUAAAUUUACAACACUGUUGGUGUGUGAUUGAUUUACUCAUUCAGUAAAUGAAAAGAAAAGAAAAGAAAAGAAAAAACUGACUACACUGACUUUUGAUUCGCUGUAGGAAUGAGUUUUAUUUAUAUUAAUAUGAAAAAUUGACUUAUCCAAAGAACUAUUUCAACAACAAAACUCGUAAUGAACAAAACCAGUAGUAACAUAUAAAAAAUAGGCAGGAUGUUUGGUUUAUAAAUCGAACUGGAAAAGGUUAGAAAGAAAUUUAACAUUAGAACAAGGGAGCUAUUAAAGAUAUAAUUGUAGAACCUUUACAUAAUCACUUGAGAAUAAAAUCUAGAUUGGGGACUUAUGUGUAUUCAGCUAUUACUUACUGAUAUUAGGUUUUUCCUUGAGACUCUAACGUGCAAGAAAUAUGAAAAAGAAAAAAUUUGGAGGCAAAUAAACAUUACGGAAUUUUAUAAUUUGAGAAUUUAGUUAGCUAAUAUCUGAUAUGUGUGUAUUAGAUAUGAUCUAAUACUGAAUAUCCAGUUAGUAACUUUAUGAAGCUGUGCUUCAUAUACCAUUACAUGGAAAUUAUUGACCACUUUGGUAUUUUGGAAGUUCCAUUAUUAAAAGUAAUAAAAUGGGGAAAAAAAGUAAUUAACUGAAAAGAAACUUUGUUAAAGACUUCCUUGAAUACUCAGAAGACAAAUGUAAAAAUCUUGCGGUGGUUUUCAGAAUAGUUAACAUUAAUCAUUAGUUUUAAUUAUUUCUGUUUUCCUUUUGACUUUGCUAACAGAAAAAAAACAUUUAAGCAUUUUAGAAACUUAGAAUGCAAAUUAAUCUUUAAAAUACAGUGCAAUGAAUUUUUCUAAGAAACAAAAGCUCUCUUUAUUUAAUCACAGAUAUGUUUACUAGGCCAUAACAUAACUUUAAGGAAACUUUUGAAGUGUAUCUAUCAGAACUCUGGGUUUUCUUUUGCUUAUGUGAAAAUUAUAAUUUUUACUUUGCUGGAAAAGAGUAUAAUAUCACGUAUAUCUUCAUGUUUGAUGGUUAACAUUUCCUCAUGUCUCUGUUCUCCAUAUAUUUUUUGAAUUAUCUAAGAGUGAAUCUUGGGAAUCAGUUCCAUAAUUUACUCCCCAAUUAUGAUAAAAUUUACCAAAAAAAAAAUUUUUUUUUCAGAAUGGAAAAGAUAUUGGGGUCAUGUCUGUGGAUUUAAAACAUUUUACUGUUAAUUUCAUAUCUUUUCUCACUUUGAUAACUGCUUUAUGUCAAAUACAUAUUAGUUUUGGUGAAAUAUUGGUUCUAGUAAAGUUAUCAUUUUUCUAGAAAAUUUUGAUCUAAUGUUCAGAAUUUGCGUUAGUGUUUUUGAUACUCAAAUAACAUAAUAUUUUAAAAAUGUAGAUGAAAUAUUGCAUACUUAUCUGUGAAACAGGUUAAGCCAGUUUUAGGGAGCAAAAUAAAAAUUAAUUUCACUUUUUAUUUUAAAAUAAAAAUCCUUUACUUUUUAAUAUACAUGAAUAUAAUAAUCCUUUAAACAAAAUACAAUCUUCUAUAGCAAUUCAUAAUCAGUAUAUCCCAGUUCCAACCCUAAAUAAAAUUUCUACAAACCAAAAACUACUAACAAUAAUAGCAAAUAUAAGAAAUCAUGAAUGGGAGGCUAUUUUCAUGUACAGAGUUUGGUGAUCUGUUUAAUUUAAAUAGAUACUUUUCUGAAACAGAAUUCUUUUAAUAUAUUUUAUUCUUCUUGCUGCUGGUAUUGGAUUAAAAAAUUUUUUUUGUAGACUUCUGCCUUGGCUGCUAAGUAAUCCUGGGUGUUAGUUAAAAUUAGAUGUAUAUUAGUUUCUUCAGUGGGACAUUUUCCAGCAUUUGAAAUUAAAUAAUUAGUUCAACUGUUGAUGCAAAAUCAGAGGAAGCUACUAAAAUGGAAAAAGGAAAAUCAGCAUUAAGCAAAGUUUUGGAAUCUUUGUGCAUACAUCACCAGCAACAAGUUUUGGCCAUGUUGAAAUUUCUAGUCCAAGAGCAGAAUGCUGCUUCUCUUUGCUAUUGUAAUACAUCAUAUACUGUGUCUUCAGAAUCUCAAAAGCCCCUAACUGAAGAUGAUUUACAUGGUCUAUUCUGUAGUUGUGAAUAUAGGCUGGCAGAAAGAGGGUGUUUACAAAAUGAAAGACAAAGCCCUGGUUUUGUGCCUCUGCCAGUCUGUAUUAAAGAUUUACAUUGUUUAUCUUGCCAAACUGUAACUAUUGAACACAUUAAGACAGUAGUGAAUAGAGGAAUUGCAAACAGUUAUAAUUCUCACAGGUGCUGUUCCGGACUGUUACCAAACAUUCACUCUACAAAAUCAACCUCUCAUGCUCCUCUUUCAUCAAGGGAAGUAUGUGAUGUUUCAGUCAGUCUUAAGGAUGUUUGUAGAUCUCGAAGUCCAUCACCUCCACCAUUAUCACCUGUACAGACUGAAGGAUUUGAAAAAUUGAAAGAUGUCGUCUCAGAGCUUUCAGCCUUAGAAAAUAACAGACUUGAAAUAAACAUUAAUCAGCCUCCAUCUCUCAUACCAGCAGAAAUAAACAGUGACAAGGGUGAUCCCGAAGGUAAAAUACAUAAAACUAAAAAAUCCAGUAACUCUGAUUAUUUGCUCCUGGAAGACAGCGAUAAUUGUACCACAAAUCAUGAAAAAGGUGAAACUACUGUAAUUUUUCAAGAUUUAAUGGAUCGUAUUAAUGAAAAAUUAAAAUCAAUAGAAACUACAGAUGUGACAAACCUUAUAAAAUUAUCUAGCAGUGAUUGUAAUACAGAUAAUGAUUUAAAAUUGAGAGACUUAAUAUCCUCACUCUUGCAUAAUGCCAAGGCCAGUGAUUACAGUUUCAUGGAAUUGCUGAGUCAACAUGAUAAAAAGGUAGAAAAUAAAAUUAUUCAGACAAGAUUUCGAAAGCGUCAAGAAACCUUAUUUUCAAUGCACAACUCUCCUGAUUCACCCAUGUUUAGAAGGCAGUCUUUACAAAUAAAAAGAGAACUUGCUAGUCUUGAUGAAAAUUUUGUAAGAAAAAAAUACACUGAAAAAAAUUCAAGGAAGUUGACACGCAAUGAUGAGAUAAAAUUUUCCACGGACAAAGAAGAAUUCUAUCAUUGCCAAGGGUCUUUACAAAAUUCUGAAAGCCUGCAAGAUAAUAAUCAUGCAGAAACAUCAUUUUCGCCAGAUUGUGCAUUUCAAUCAGUGCAACUACCUCUUCAUAGUUUAGAAACUAACUUGGCUUUUGAUGCAUUUUCAGACAGCUUUAAAACAACUUCCCCUGGGAAAAUGAGCAUGAGAAAAUCACAGGAGAAAUCUGCAGCUGGAAAAAAACUUUUGCAAAAUCGCAAGGAGAAUCCAAAACUAGAGAAUACUCAAACUCCUUUGAAAAGUGGUGUUCCUGGACUUUUGAGCAGAACUAAACGAAAUAUUGUACCCCCAGGGUGGUAUUCUGUAUAUGUAACAAAUAAUUAUGUCUUCAAAAAAUCCCCUAAGGCCAAAAAAGUUUCUGAAUCUACAAAAAAAAAAGAUCCAGUGAAAAAUAUUCAAAUUGAAAGCUCACACAAUAUAGAUCUAAACAAAAUUGCAAUGAAUUCUAAUUUACAAGUUGUUGUGGAGCGUUUGGAAGACACGAUAAAUAUGGCCAAAAAGUCUUGGAAUAAUCACUCAUUAGCUGAAGGAUGCAAGGCAUCCAAGAAAUUGAUAGAAAUUAAUGGUAAAGAUCAAACUUCAGGUAGAAAUAUGACUCUUACUGUAAGCAGAAUGACAUGCAAAGAGCAGAGUUUAUCAAAAUCUGUGGUAGCAGCCAGCAAUAUCAAAAGCAAUCAUAUUCCUGCAACAGAUUUGAAUAGCAAAAGACUUGAUAAUCUGGAAAAGCCAUCUAUCUUAGAUACGAGUAGCUUGAUUUCCAGUAUUCAAAGUGUGCCAACAAAAUUUGAAGCCAUUGAAAGCUCUUCUUUUUCCAGCUAUUCUAGUCCUAUCAAACUCAUGUUUUUAUCUGAGGUUAAAAGCAGUGAAGGAGUCAAAUAUACUUUAACUUCAGUUGGUACUUCCAAGUCAAAUAUUGAUCUUCCUUCUGAAAAGUGUCCAACUCAUCAUGUAAUUGAAAAAAAACCAGAAACCAAUAAGGAUGUCCCAAAUGCUAACUUUGAAAAUUAUAGUUCUAAUCUUAAUGAUAGUGACAUUCUACAGGGAGAACUAAACAAAUUUAAUUGUGCAAAAGAAACUACAGAAUCCCCUGCAAUGUUUAUAGAUGAUAUGAAUAGUGAUAAGCCACAAGGCGAACCUAAGGAAAAUCCAAGCAAUGGUAUUGAUUCAUCUUUUAAACGAAAACCAGGUAGACCUAAAAAAAUAGGUCCCCAGGUUGUGAAACAAAUUAAACGGCCAAUUGGAAGACCACCAAAACCUAAAACUGAUCAAAGAGACAUCACCAUUUGCCAAAAUGAGUCUUCUAGUGCUGGAAAGAAAAGUCCAGAAUCUCUCAUAUCAGAAGUAAAAGAAGGUAUUUGUAAAAAGAGUAUUACUGUAACUGUUAUUUAUGGAAGGUCAAGAAGAACUAGAAGGCAUGUUUCUGAAGGAACUGUAAACAUAAGCAAUGUUAUGUCUUUCAAAAAUAAUGUUGCAGAUUUUCCAACUGAAUGUAACAGUCUCAGAAAUAUUAGACAAUACAAAAUUGACUCAGGUGAAAGAAGUGCUGUUUCAAGUUUGACUACUGAAAGUGAGAUCUUGGGGUCUGACUUUGAAUAUGUUAGGCCUAUCAAGAACAAGUCUGUGAUACCUCAACCUUCCAAGAACAUUAUUCGACCAAAUCAGAAGCCUUUUGCAAUAAUUAGGAAGCCUGGUAGACCUGCAAAAGUGAAAAUCUCUGGCAUAUCUGUGACUAUUAAUAGAGUUUCACCUCAGGAGAGAGAAGUAAGUAUUAGCAGCUGCUUACCUCCUUUAGAACAAGAAAAUAUAAUAGAAAAAAAUCUGGCUGAAGAAAAGUAUGAUCACCAAUGCAAUAAGAUGGCUACAAGGCACACUGAAGCUGACAUAUUUAAGAAUGGAUCAAAAAGUAUGGUUGCUACUAUACCUUUGAGACAUUCUAUUAGGGAUAGAAAACCAUCUCUCCAUUUCUUACAUCCAUUAGCAUCUUCUAGCUCACUUAUUUAUAGAAAUGCUCUGCUCCGUAAAUCAUAUAAACUCCAUUUGCAGAAAGGUAAAAGUCAGAAGGAAAAACAUAGGCAGUCAAGGAUAAAAAUAGCUUCGAAAGGUACCCCAGCAACUAGAAAUUCAAGAAAUGCAAAACUGUGUUUGGAAGAUAAAUUAAUACCCAUUUCUGAAGUAUCCUUGGACCCUAUAAUCUCAUCAAACCCUUUGCUUAGGUGGUGGGCUGCUUCUACUUCCAGCGAUUCCUUAUUAGAGGAGUUAAACAAUAGAUUUGAGCAAAUAACAAAUGCUUGGGUGCAAGUGAGUGGAGAUGAAGCUGGAAAUUGUGUUCAUAAAAAAAGAGAACGCAUUGAAAAUGAUAAUUUCAAAAUAGCAAACCCUUUGGAAACCUGUCUUUUAGAACUUGAAGUUUCACCUGUAAAAAUGCUUUUUCGGAAAAAGUAUGAUUUGAAUGAACUCUGUAUCUGGUUUAUGCAAACAACAGAAACACAGUCUCUUUCGCUAGUUAGAAAAGCAAAUGCUCGAAACCCUUUGGAAGUAAUAAAUACCAGAGGAAUUAAAUUAGGGACCAAAUAUUCUAAUUUUAAUACCAGCCCCUUCAGAAAGCACUUUAAAAAAUUUGCACUAUCUUCUCCUUCAAAAUCAGCAGGGAAGUUGCAUAUACUGCAUAAAAUGGUUAGCUCUCCACUGUUAAAUGUGAAAAGUAAUUUAACAUUAGCUAGAUUAAAAAGAACUGAGUUUAAGAGGUUGCAACAUGAAAGGUGGAAAAGAGAGGGAAAGCUGCACAACCACGGAACAAUUGAUUGGAUCUCUAAAAGGAGGAACUUAAGAUUUUUCUGCCAAAACCAAUUUUUAAAUAAGACUGAGGGGGGAACAAAUGCUGACAUCCCACUCCAAGGAAAAAACACUUUAAAUAAUCAGUUUAUUUUGCCACCUGAAAUCAGGGAUGACUCUUUGCAACAGAAGGUGGCAAUGUCUGACUUGAAAACACAUGCUAGUUUAGAGAAUAAUUUUAAGUCACAAGCAAAGGAGAAUGGAACAAAUUACAGCCAAAAAGAUUUUGAAAAGGGACCAAGACUAGGAAAUGUAUGUCCAAAUAAUUGGAGGUCAAAAACCUUAAAAGAUUGUAGAAUAUUUUUGAGGAAGAUCAACUAUCUUGAACACAGAAAUAGUUUUAAGCUAAAUACAAUCAUUUACUCUCCUGAAUCUGUUGACAGUGGAAGUAAUCAUCAGGCUCAUAGAGAAGAAUCAAAGCGCUUUACCUUAAGAUCCCAUUCUGCUAGGCAAAAUUCUUUUAAAAAGCAAUCUAAAGAAAUUGAAAAUGCUAAAACAAAUAGUCCUUCAACCGAUAAAUUUCCCGGCCAACUUGACAAUAGUAAAUUAAAUAAAUGUGUUAACUAUGACAAGAAUCCUGAUAGUUCUGACGUUCUUAGCAAAUUGAACAAAAGAAAAAGACCACCAUGGAAGACCACAGAAAUGUCAACAAAAAGACAUAAACGACAGUCUUGCAACAGUGGACAAAUGGCAAACUAUUAUUCAAAAUCCCAACUAGCAUGCUACAAAUGAAAACUGAUGAGAAAUUGAAUUCGUCCGAUGGGAAUACAGCAAGUUGCCCUUUGAGCCCCAUUAAGAUGUGCCUUAAUCGUCCCAUUGAAUGGAAUCUGAAUUUGACAGCAGCAUCUCUAGCGAGCUGUACAGUUCAUAACCAAAAUCUCA